AUGUGCGUGUGUGCAUGUGUUUGUGCCUGUAUGCCGGCCGAUGCACAACUCGCCCUUUGGGCAGGCGCAUUCACGCCCGGAAGGACGAAUAGUACCAGUUCCACUUUGUCCUGGCCAAGCCAUCUCGGACUUGAUCUGUGGUUGUCAUUCGCCGUCGAGACAGUCAAUCCGCACACAAGGACUCUCCAAAGGCUCAAGAACCUCAGUGGCCGCCUUGGAAAUGCCGACGAUGAAAGAGAUCUGUACCUCUUCGUGCUAGACGCUCGGAAGUGGACAGUCUACGCCUCGAAUCGAGACGUUCUAAAGUUCCGGUUGUGUGCGGCAUGGAAAGGCGGGAUUCGUACCACCACAACCAGUCAAAUUAAAAGACCUUCAUUGAAGACCAUCUCCUCGUCCGUCCAUCCUGUCGCCUGGCUCGGCCAAUCCAGACCGGCCGAAAGACGUCUGGUUGCCGUACUUCUCGCCUGGCUCCGGUAA